AUGCAUCACCAAGCCCGGCCCCUGGAGGUUGUGUUGUGGAGUGGUGCCAGAAUUUUGAAUGCCAGUGAUGCCAGUGAUGCCAGUGAUGUCACUUUCCAAUCUGAGCCCCGGGUGUUUUCCCACACGUUUGUCAUUCGCCUUGACCGGCAUUGCAUCGGCAGUUGGAACUCAGGGCUGGAACUGCAAAGCUGCAACUGUCUGCAACUGGCUGCACCCAUCAAAACGCCGGAACCAGGCCAGCAGAGUCCAGUAAACCCGGACAGGCUUUGCGGAACCUCCAUGUGCAAUCUGCACAAGCGGAGAGGCGAAAAGACUGGGCAACUUGAAGUUGUUGAUUUCAUCACAGUUGGUGCAAAGCAUGCGCUUGAGUUGGCCUUGCUUCGAAAAGAGUUGGAGAUUUGCCGCAGUGAGGCAGCUGCCCAGAUCCAGGCACUCCGUGAAGAGCUCCGGAGUAUGGGACUGGUGAAAUUGGAGGCGCGAAACAGAGUUGAGCAAAAGAAAUUGCGAAAUUCC